UGAGAGAGCGCUUUCCGAGUUGGUAGCAACUAUCGAUUUAAAGUUUACCAUCGCGCGCGAUACAUGCGUAACGAAGGAAGCUAGACCUUCUUUUGAGGACAGUAAUAACAGAAGAGGACAAUGUCAGCCGCUGACGUGAUGCUACACGAUGAGCUUUUGAAUCAGCUGAACUCGCCCGAGAGCUUGCAAGAGAUGUGGCACGACGUUGACGCAUGCCACUACCAGAGGGAGCUGCCGCCGCCGCCGCCUUACCCUGGCACGGUGUCGAGCCCCGGCUACUCGACGGGAACGCCGAGUCCAUACUCGCAGCACUGCCCGACGUCGCCCGGCUCGCACUUUGGCGACGAGAGCCCUUACUCGCUUCACUGCCCGACGCCGCCCACCGCCGACACCACCUCGGACGACACCAUAGACGGGCUCCUCGACCUGGACUUCAUUCUCAAUCACAUGAUGGGGCAGGCCGAGCCGAGCUUCUACGCUGACGACGUGUCAGUCAAGCGGGAGGCGGGCGCCGCCUGCUGCAGCACGACCGCACCGGGACAGUCGCCCGUGCGGCCGACCGACCCGCCUGGGUACCUCCCAGACUUCCAGUCCGCAUUCGUCGACAUCCCGGACAUCAAGCUCGAGGACGGCUUCGCGUGCGAGCCGGCCAUGCGGUGGCGCCACCAGCCCGAGCCGUUGCCACGGCAACUCGUGCCGCCGGCGUUCCCGAGCAACAGCAGCAGCAGUGCCACCUGA